AUGAAGAAAUCUGUGCAGGCUUUUAAUUUCUGUCAGAAUAUUAAUUUAUCAUCUGGUAUUAUCCAAUUCAUAAAUCCACCACUAUGGUCAGAAUCUUCAUUGUUGUUUGGUGGGCGUAAAGGGCGAUAUUUACCAUUGAAAAUAAACAAUGUUAAUGGAUUGGAAGAAAUUCCAUAUCGAGUUGUAAUGCUCGGUGAUUAUGAUAGUGGUAUUAGCUUACUGAGAAGUGAAAUGAUACAAUUAAAGUCAUUCAAAGAUAUUCCAUUUUCUGAUGAUGCGGAAUGUUGCACGACAAUAAUGCGGGAUGGGCAUGAGAUGCAAAUGUGGCUUUUUGUUGAUUUGCAUAGCUUUGAAUUAUUUUGCAAACAAUGUACCGAAAGCAUUGAUUGCUGCAUAGCAUGCUAUUCGAUUGCAAUUACGAAAACCUAUCAGCAUGUCGUCGAAAAAUGGAUUCCCGAAUUUGUGAAUAAAUUCCCCGGAAAACCGAUCAUCCUAUGUGCAUUGAACGAUCGCGAAAUAUGUACAUGUGGUGGCGGCAUAGAUGAAACAAUGUUUAAACAUGAUUUCAAUUUUUGUAACAGUCGUCUCACACAAAUCGACGUUUCUAUUUUCAAUAAGGUAGUGGUCAAUAUGAUUCCAUCAUAUUAUAAUUUAACAUCUGUUUAA